UGAUGGCUAUAGACCAGGAGUCAGGUGAUGCCGCCUUUGCUACCGUGGUGGUGGAGGUAUUAUCUGAAGGACAAUCAAUACCUCUUAGUCCACUGGGAGAUGACCGUAUGAUAGGCUGUGCUGUGGGCAAAGCGUUGUUUCUGUGCAUGGUGUUCAUGACUGUACUUGGAUGUAUCCUGUCCAUGGUGAUGUGGCUAAAGAAAAAACAGAAGGGAAAGAGGGAUCCAUUAGAGAGAGGCUGUGUGGCACAGGGCAAACACCCCAAUGUGAGUUUACGGUGGUUCCAACUGCUGAGUCACCGUAAUGCCAUGCCACACAUGGAAGAAGUACCCUACAACAAUGAAGAAUAUGGAACCUACAAUCCCUCCUUCAGCUUCCCAGACAAACCCGGUAUCCACAUCCACCAAGACCUCCCCCCCUGCCAAGGACCCAUUCCACCCAGAACGACUGCUGCACCCUACACCAUCCCCACUGAAACUGUGCACAGCCCUGUGAUCCUAAAUGAUAAAGAUUCUCCACCAGCCAAAAGUUCCUUGAGCUCACCCACCUUUCACCCAGCCAUUGCGGAUGUGAGCUGUACACAUGUGGCUCAAGAUGCUGCUCCAUUCAAUGAAAACCCUCAUUCACCAGAUGAUACAUACGUGGAUUCUGCUGAGGCACUAACAAACACCAGUCCAAGCCCUGCAGCCCAUGGUGCCGCUAACACCCCGCUGUUCACGUGUCCUGACUCACAAACUACAGAAACAACAACCAACAAUGACCCUUCAGACCCUGUCACCAGCCCCUCCUCUCAAUCCAGUAUUCCAUGUAGUCAUACCCGAAUUUCUUCAGCAGAAAUAGACAAACCCUUCUGUAAACCUGGUGUGAAAGCACCCUCUUACUCACCUUUACUCCCCUCACCUCCUCCCCAGCAGAUGGGUACACCCCCAACCACCCCAGACCAUGCACCUUUAAAAGCCAGGCUGGUACAUAUAGAUACAUCUCCCCUCGAUACACCUGUAGUAGUACCAGAGGGAACAUCUGUGACACUAAGCACAGAGGAAGACCAACCCUCCACGUCACUAGACCAAACAGACCAAUCAGAACCCCCAGAUGGGACUGCAGACAUUGGUAGCUCAUCUCAGGAGAGAAGGAUCUCAACAAACUCAGGAAAUACACAGGACUGCAGCGAGGCGGGGGACGCAAAUGAUGAUGGUUUCCUGGGAGAUGAAGAUGCAGACAAGAACUGCGAGGGUGAGGAUGAGUUAGAGCCAGACGAACAAGAGCUGCUGAGAGUGUUGGCUCGUUGUAAUCCCAUUUUUAUCACAUUUAGUAAGUGAUGUCUCUACAAUAUCGCAGGCACUAAAAGUGAUGGCGUGGACGACAGAGAGU